AUCAACUCCUCUACUGAAGCUAAACUCUAGCUUUCACUAAGAAAGAACUGAAAGACGGCGAGCGGAGCUGCGGAUUGACAAGAGAUCAACUUGAUCAGAAGACUUUCACAAGCUCCAACUCUGAGACGAAAGGAAGACUUUCUCCACGAAGACUUUGGAAGAAUUUAUUACCGAAAACCUGAGAAGAUGUCUGCUGGAAUGAAGAAAAUCAUCUUGCUGCCUGUGCUGUGCAUCAUGUUCUCAUACAUGGCUGUGGGUCAGGAGUGCACCGGCCAGUGUUCGUGCCCCUCCACCCCACCUCAGUGCCCCCCAGGAGUGAGCCUGGUGCUUGACGGCUGCGGCUGCUGCAGGGUGUGUGCCAAACAAAUGGGAGAGCUCUGCACCGAGAGAGACGUCUGUGAUCCACACAAAGGCCUUUCCUGUGACUUUGGUGCUCCCACCAAUAGACGCAUCGGCGUCUGCACAGCCCAAGAAGGAGCCACCUGUGUGAUCGGUGGCAUGGUAUACAAAAGCGGGGAGAUGUUCCAGAGCAGCUGCAAGUACCAGUGCACCUGUCUGGAUGGAGCUGUGGGAUGUGUCCCGCUCUGCUCCAUGAACAUCCGACUGCCCAGUCCGGACUGCCCCAUGCCAAGACGAGUCAAAGUGCCCGGGAAGUGCUGCGAGGAAUGGGUGUGUGAUUCUCCCACUACAAACACCUUUGUGGGCACUGCUCUGGCUGCAUACAGAGAGGAGGAGACGUACGGCCCAGAUCCCAAUAUGAUGAGAGAGAACUGUCUGGUUCAAACUACUGAAUGGAGUGCCUGCUCCAAAACCUGUGGCCUUGGAAUCUCCACCAGGGUGACCAAUGACAAUCGCGACUGCCGCCUGGAGAAACAAACCCGUCUGUGUAUGGUGCGACCGUGUGAGUCGCAGCUGGAGCAAAGCAUCAGGAAAGGGAAAAAGUGCAUCCGCACACCCAGAGUCUCCAAGCCCAUGAAGUUUGAGAUCUCUGGCUGCACCACUACCAAGUCCUACAGGCCAAAGUUCUGCGGAGUCUGCCUGGACGGCCGCUGCUGCACCCCCCACAGGACCACCACCCUGCCCAUGGAGUUCAAAUGCCCCGACGGGCAAGUCAUGAAGAAGCGCAUGAUGUUCAUCAAGUCCUGCGCCUGCCACUAUAACUGCCCCGGGGAGAACGACAUCUUCGAGUCGAUGUAUUACAAGAAGAUGUAUGGCGACAUGGCGUGAGCCACAGAGAGACGAUCCGAGCGUAUGACUUGAAAACACAAACAGAACUUCAUUUCAGUUCGCAGCUCAGUAUAUGUGUUUUUUAAUUUUGAAUUUUGCCAUUUUCUCAUGUGUUAAAGUAGCUCAGACACUCGUCUUCGUGUCUGGGAGUGUUGUACGGCUGGUGCAUGGCAGCCGCUUAGACUCAGACAGAGGGUUGCCCUGCAGCUCCAAAUGUUUCUGCACUAUAACUAUAUGUGUUUUAUUUUAUUGUUAUGACAUGACAAACCUACUGUUUGGUUUCCGCCCAAAUCUCUUGAAUUUUAUUAUUUUAUUUUUUUAAAUCCGACCAUUUUACUUUAUGCAUAUUUAUAUCUAAAUGCUGACCUCCUCUCUAAACGAGAUGUUUGAUUAGUCCAAGACCAGACCUGUAAACUCUGAGCAGCUGUGCUGGGAGCAAACACACCACAGCAAGCCAGUGUUUCACAGUCCAAACAGGUCUGAAUGUGUCUUUGUGUGUGAGUUGAAGCCUUAAUGUUAGUGUGGUCUAUGUGUGUGUGUGUGUGCGUGUGUGUGUGCGCUUGCAAGUGUGUGCAAGAGUGGAGGAAAGGUCAAAGCUUUGGCCCAACAUGUGGAUGAAGAACCAAGCAGCGUGCUGAGUUUAGGAGUUGCAAUGGCACUAAGAAAAGAUACAAAUAUGGUGACAUCUUUUAAAAACAAGAUUUAUAUCAAUCCAAAAUCAGAACAAGUAGACUUUUAUUUUGAAGUUGAAAUGUUUCACAUCCCACUCACUCCUUCUUUAAAUUAUGGAAAGUGAAAUAACUUCAACUUCACAUUAUGUCUAAUUGUUUGUUUUUAGUUUGCCAUGACUGAGAAUCCACACGAGCAUACAAAAAAAAAAAAAAAAAACCUUACAGACUGGAAGAAUUGUAAUUUCAUUCCUUUUUUAUUAUUUGUUAAUAUGUAAAUCGUGUAUAUAUUUGUACAGUUUAAGUUAAUUUAAAAAGUCCAUUUUGUUCUGUGCUUUAAAAUGUAAUAUUUUUUUUUCCCAACAUAAAUUUUUACUGUUUUGUUGAGAAGCGUGACGAAAAAUGUUACAUGUUUCACUGUGUAGCUGGGAAUAAAUUGUUUUAUAUUUUUGUA